UCAUCGGAAAAGGGAGCACAUGCCGGCUCCAGCAUGCUUGAGCGGCUGGGGAGCCCAGCGGCUCAAGCAUCAAAAUCUCGGAAGCUCAAAGGCUUUCGAUCAAAACAAACGCCGCGCCGGAAAAGGAAGCAGAAAUAAGAGAGAAGGAAGAGGAAAGGGGGGGAGAGAGAAGGUGGGACUGUUAUUCCAAGAUGAGAAUAGAGGCUUCCCAUCAACGAUGAACUUGAUGUUGCUGUCUCCACCAAGUAUCAUGGCCGGAAUACACGACGUCGUGAACACCACCUUCCCAAAUAGUGCCGUUAAAGAAUUGGCUAAUUUGGUGCUCGAACAAAGGGUGUCCGUUGGAGAAGCUCUGUCUCUAUCAUUCCUUUCCAACUUGGAAGGCCUUGGAGAUCCAUCAAAGCUGCCAAGCAAUAGCCUCUCCUCCGAAGGCAGAUCUAGAUCCAAUUGGAUCAUAGCAUUGGAAGCCUCCAUGAGGGAAAGGGUGAAGGAAGACUGUGUUUUCCUCUGUGGGAGAAAGAGGAGAGGAAGGGGAAGAGGGACCUUGACUGUGCCUGUGACUGUAAUUGU